UGGCGACGUCGUUUGCGUAUUGCCGAUGGACCGUGGGUCGUACUUCCAGGAGUUCAUGCGAUCGAAAGCGCUGGCGAAAGCAUCAUCAGGAAAGCAGGCCGUGGAGGAGACGAAGAAGCUGCUCACGGACCGAGGAGCGUACAUCUCGUUCUUGGAAAUCCAGUUGGAGCGCGUGUCGGCUGCGUGCCUGCACACCAAGAGCCUCGAGAGCCAAAUACACGAUAUGCACGUCCAGAUCGAAGCCACAGACGGUAAAGUCGCGACGGUGGCCAAACUUCUCAAGAUGCACCAACAACACACUGGGGAUCUCAUGCAGAGCAACACCCAAGACAUUGGGACCAUGCAGUCCCUCAUCGAGGCCAUCCGGGACACGGUGACGGCGCACGGCACUCAGCUGCGUCGAUUGGACGCGCGGCAAUGCGAAGCCGAUGAUGCGACGCAAACGAUGGAGACGAAGCUUCGCCAAGAGAUCGAUCACGCCAUUGCCAACGGCGAACUCGCCAAGGAAACCAUGGAACUCCAUGUCCAGCGGUACCAUACGUUGCAUGCCGCCCAGCAGGCCAAGUGGCAGGCCAUACACGUGGCGCAUCAAGAGCUAGUGCGAGAAGUGGCUGCAGGAGACGCUCGAAGUCUCGCCCACACGGAUGCGGUCGUGCAACAAGCACGAGAAGACAUGCAGGCGACGACUGGCGCGUUGGAAGCCACCUUGGCCGAACACGAAGACAAAGCCAAGCGGGCUCGGACCGCCGUUGAGCAGUUUUGCGCCGUCGAGAUCGCCCGCGCCGGUUGCGCCGUCGACGCCAAGCUCGAGGCCAUGGAACAGAACGCCCUGUUGAUGCACGAUCACUUGCAACGCGCUCAGCUAAAGCUCACACAAGUGAGUCAAAAGCACCACGACGACUGCCGCCUGAUCAAUGCCAGCUUGGUGUCGCUGCAGGCGGAGCUGGACGACCGGGAGCGAGCCGCCCCCCCAUCCUUCGGGACCAAGGGGGGGACACGAAGAGACGAAGGGCGUGUGGCGACUCUGGAGCGGGACUUUCACGUGUGUCGUCAAGGCCUCGAGUACCUCCGCCGUGCCAUGGAAACGUUCGAGUCGUCGCAAAUGAUGCUCGUGGAGGACUGGAGCGCCAGGUUUAGCCAGCUGCUAGACAAGACGGACGCGGGUCAAGGAAGCGAGUUACAAGUGGAGAUGCGCCGCAUGGAGAAGCGGCUGCAAGACGAAUGGUGCGCCAAGGAAGAAGCGUGGUGGAAGGCCGUGGCGUGCAUGGAAGUCCAAGUACCAGCCUUAAGGGAGAACGUGCAGAUGCUCAUGAAACGAGCCGCGGACGAGGAGCCAGUGGUCGUCGAAGGCGUGCAUAAAGGCUUGGCUCGCAUCCACAAGUAUGAUGACCGAUCAACAAGAUAUAUGUGGACUGAUUCGGUGGAGAAGUGAUUGUCGUACUACUGGAUGUACCUUGCCUAGACUGGAGAAGCGUAUGCACCGGAUAGCCGACAACAUGCACACGUUGUAUUCCUUUGUGGAGACGACGUUUCCGCAACGAGACAAGGCAUUCCAAGACUUGCAAUCGAACGUCGUGAAUGAAUUGACGCACGUCCGGGAAGCGCUGAGGACAGUCAUGGUGGACGACGUCGCGGCGAAGAAGAAGACUCUACGUGAGGCGACCGACGAUAGAGGACGAGACAGGAGAAGGAGACCCGUGAAAGCAGAACUGAAAGCACAGGCAAAAGAGGUGCCCGGCAGGGGUGGUGCCAAGGCGUGAACACCACCGUAUGUAUCCUCCAAGCAAGUCACACGAACCACCUUGAGCUACAUACCUCAUCGUCCCAGAUGGUUCUAGGCUGUCGACGCGGUGGAUUGAAUGACGUGACCGCAUGGAUAUACUAUACUGUAACUCGAUGACGUCGUUCGUGUUUGAAGGUCAUGUCCUGUUUCGUGGCGCUGCUGUCCCCUCGUCAUGACACGCAUCCAGCCGACUUAUCAUACCCUUCCUUCCGACGCUUCUUCCAUCCAUUCGCCAUGUCUGCGUCCAU